CACUUUGCAAAAUAAUCUUAUCAAUAAUAUCUGUUCUUUAAAGGACCCAGGAAAAAAAAAGGUUGUAAUUGCAAACAUUAAAAACCAGAUCACCCUUUAUCAUAUUAAGAAGAAAUAUAGCCCAGAAUUUCUGCAGUGUUCACAAUUCAGUGUAACUAUCAGUGAUUUUACAUCAUAAUAAGGUUAAACUGAUAGCAAUUCCUGAUAUGGGUUGAGUACCCCUUAUCUGAAAAUCUCCAAAAUCCAAAUUUUUUUUGAGCAAUGACAUGAUGUCACUAAUAGAAAAUUCCACAAGGCGCUGGGAAGGUUCCCACGUGACGUGCAGGUCUUGUGCAUUACAGUAUAGAUAUCUUUCAAAAGUGAUCUCACAUAUGUAAUGAACAGACGUUACUGAAAAAUAGAAAAGCACUGCAUAAAGUGAAAAUGAAGAUCUUGAUCGUGCAUUGAAAGAGUGGAUUUGUUAGCGCUGGAGUGAACAUGUGGUACUUAACGGUACGCAGACCAUGAAACAAGCAAAGAUUUACAACAAACUGGAAAUCGAAGGUAAUUCUGAAUAUUCAACAGGUUGCAGAAAUUUAAGCGUUAAAAUUAUAAAGAUUUGUGGUGAUAAAACGAAUGUUGAUUACAAAGUAAUCGAAAAAUUCAUUGAUGAGUUUCCCAAGAUCGUCGCUGUUGAAAAUCUAACACUCUGAACAGCUGCACCAAUACAGUGAACAAGUGUAAAACAAAGACCGCUUACUGGUUGCAGAAAAACUGAGUCAGAAAUUAUGGCAACUGCAAACUAUCUUAUUAUAUAUUCCAAAAUCCUUAAACUGAAACACUUCCAGCCUCAAGCAUUUUGAAUAAGGGGUACUCAACCUGUAUUUGAGAAUGCAAUGUUAAAACACAGGCAUCCAAAAACUGCUGCAACCUACAAUGUGCAGGAGGAACACAGGAGUCAAGCAGAGGCAGCAUCUAUGGAGGGAAAUGGCCAAUCGACAUUUCAGUUCGGGACCCUUCAACUGGCCUAAAAGGUUAAGGGAAGAAAUAAAGCAAGAGCUAGCUAGUAAUAGGUAGAUCUACGUGAGGAGGACUGAGAAGCAGAUGGAAAAUUGAAAGAGCGACUGGAGUUGGGUAGUCCCGAUACAGGGUAUCGACACGAAAUGUCGGCCAUUGUCUUCCUCCCAGAGACGCUGGUCGACUUGCAGAGUUCCUCCAGCAUACUGUUUGCUGGGAGUUGGAUAUACUUAUGUGAAAGAAAAAAUCAUUGCCCUCCUCAAAAAAAAUGUUUUUAACUUCUAAAACACUGAGUUACAUUGCACUACCCUCCACACUAGCUAUUCAACACCAUACAACAGGGCUCAGCAUGUUAACGGGAAUCUAUCCACUGCGUUUGGGGAGCAAACGUUAAAGGCAAUCACAGCCUUGGAGAGCAUGCGCAGAAUGCACGCGAUCAAGGAAGUGAAGCUGCAAGUAGCCAAUGGGGUGGCAGCGCGCGCGCUUCGAAGUGAGUUCGGGGAAGCGUGAAGACAUGGAGGCGAUGCUGGAGAACCUGGACCGGUUCGCUGAGGUGCUGGCGGUAGCGAGGAGCCCGUGGGCUAGCCACUGGGAUGAGGCGGUGGUGACCCGAGCAUUCCAAUGGGCCUGCUAUUUCCAGCAGCUGGCCUUGCGGCUGGAGGGGAACAGGAGCGCGCAAGCGGCCUUGCGCCGGCAGCUGAAUCUCCCGGGUCGCCGUACCGACCACCCGCUGCCGUGGUACCGCGGCUUGCGACUCGAGGAACUGAGCCGGGGCCAGGAGAUGCUCAGUCAGGCAUUACUGUGCAACCCGGCGGCCUCGGCCGCUGCUUUCCACCGGGCCGCCUCUUGGUACCGAAGUGCGGGCAGUAGUCGGGCGGCCGUGACGACGUCGCUGAGACGCGCGGCCCGGCUGACGGCGGCGGCGCGGGUUCUUCAGGCGUGCAGGCAGAGCGCCGCAGGCCCCGGCGAGGAUCCGACGGAACGCCAGCCCGUGGCCGAAACGCAAGCGGAGGUACUGCGCCAGCGCUUGGGGGAACAGAGGUGGGAAUUACCGGAGCAGGAGGUUUGGCAGCGGACUGUGUCUGGUGGCGGCGGGGACGCCGACUCCUGGCGGGCGUUCGCCGCGCUGCUAUCGGCUGCGGGCGUCGAGGCGCAACCGCGAGCGUUGCGGUGGUUGCUAGGCAACAGUCGCGCGCUGAGCGCCGCCUGUCGCGCGCUGCCCUGCUCGGUGUUGGUCCUGCUCGCGGCGCAAGAGCCGGCCUUCGCGCGAGAGUACGUGGAUUUCCUGCAACAGUGGGCCCGCCGUAUGCGGUACGACGCGAGGAGCGGCCGCUGGAUGCACGAAGAGUUUCCCGAACAAGACUGGGAGAGAUUGCUGCAACACUUUUCCAGUCUCUUGCAGGCGCCGGCACAAACGAAGGAGUCGACGCGAGAGAUGUUGAACUCUUUGAAAACUAAGGAUGGAGAUUUUGAAGUAUGGGGCAUCAGCAUAUGGACAGACCUGUUACUUGCAUUAAAACAACAGAAAAUUGCUUGAGAUUGUAAUUUGCUCUUUUAAAAUGUAUUUUUUCUAUUACAUGUUGAAGACAUAUAAUAGAACAACUGAAAGUAUGUUCUGCUAGUUCAGUUAAGUUAUUUAAUGCAUUGGGAUGAAACUGAAAAUGCUGGGAAAAGGUAUGUGGAGGAAAACAAUUAAGUCAAUGAUAUUUCACAGUUGGAAAAAGAUCUGGUUAAAUUAAACUGGCAUUUUGUUCUGUUUGUAUUUUUUUGUUUCCAUUUGUGUAGUUUGGCAUGCUGAGCAAGCCCAACAGCAACACACUACAAUUUUCAGUGUAGUCUAUGAUUAGGUGGAAAGCAGUAAGGUUGGAUAAUAGGAGUAAUAAAGCAGUUUAUUAUCUAGGCCCCUACCAAGUAUUUCCAGAUUUCCAGCCUUGUAUUAUGCUUUAAGCAUUUAAAAUGUUUUCAGCAUGUUAAAUGAUUAUAUAGGUAUGUUCAGGGAAACUGAUGCAUUUGAAUUUUCAUUUUAAAGUAAAAUUGGUCAUCUGUGCCUGACUAAUCUCUUCAUAUAAUUAGGCUUCGAUUCCAGGUAACAUCCUGGUGAAUCUCUUCUCUCUGUUGCUCCCAUAUUUGUUGUGCAGUGUGACCACCAGAACUGUCCACAAUACCCUAGAGGUAUCCUGACCAAUGUUUUGUAAUGCACUUCCACUUUUUGUUUCUUCCAUAUAGGAUUUGAAAUGAGCAGAUAAAUCGGGCAGCAUAGUGGUUUUGCCUUGCGUCAAUGUGCAACGUUUACCCUCAAUUUGUUGACCUUUGAGCUACUGGAAAGAGUUUCGCAUUUUUUUUAUAUGUAUACAGGUAUAUUUGGAUCUCCCCCUCCCCCUCCCACUUUCAAAUCUUUUACUAACUCUUCCUUCAGUUAGUCCUGACAAAGAGUCUCGGCCUGAAACGUCAACUGUACGUCUUCCUAGAGAUGCUGCCUGGCCUGCUGCGUUCACCAGCAACUUUGAUGUGUGUUGCUUGAAUUUCCAGCAUCUGCAAAAUUCCUGUUGUUUAGGUAUAUAAUCUGUAAUUUUAUACUGUAUCAAAUCCCUUGGCUAUCAUUGUUCAAAUAAAAGUAAUGCCAACUCUUUCAAUUUAUCCAUGUUAAGUCUUUUUGUUGGAUUCAUUUCUUUCACACCUCCAAAGCUUUUGUCUUUUACAAAAAUAUACUGCCUGGAGGAGAAGCAAUACUCUGUUUAAUACGAAUUGUGGUUAUAAUAGUGUUUUAUAGAAUCAGUACUCUGCAGGAUUCUUUCGACCUACUUGCAAGGAUUUGGGUAUGAGCAACUUGUCCCUCUUGCUACCUGCACCUCUUUGCAAAAUUACGCUACAUAGUUCUUAUCAAGAUCUAUUGUACUUAAUUUUUCUAAGUGCCUCCCAUAAACCAAUGUUGCCUGUCUUUAAUUUUAGAUAACACACAUAAAAGUUGCUGGUGAACGCAG